CCUCCACUAUAGAGCGUUAUGUAUAUGUACCACAUCUGAUGGCGAACAAUGAGGAGCUUACAUGUCCUUCUUAUCUCCAAUCAAUACACUACGCGAGAACAGGGUACUUUACUUAGCUAAAGUAUUUACCAACUUAUCAAACACUUGUUGGCAAGUACAAUUUUUGUAGAUUUAAACUAUUUCAAGCCCUUAGUACGCAUACAGAUAUUGAGAUAUGCAGAUGACACAGGAUUGGCCAAAUAGUCUGCUUCAGAGAGUAUUAUAAACAAUUGAAGAGUUUUACCCUAAACACGUAUGCAUGUUUAGUUCGAGAAGGAGGAGUGUUUUAAGAGUGUAAAACAUUUUUUCAAGUUGUGCAACAGCAGAAAAAGUACAGAAUACUACAAAGUAAGGAGUAAUAUUACGAAAUAUUUUGGAACUCCAUAACCUGUGUUUUGUAAUGGCACCAGCGAAGACAGACAAACAAGGUGCGGACUGUAUGUAUUAGAGAUCGAACGACUUUUAUUGACAUACCGUUAUGAAGUAUGUAUUUAUACUAUUGUGAAUAUCGUGUUUGAAUUUGAUCUGCUUGACAAGAUGUCCAGUUAAAGAACAUUAAGUCACUGGUCGAUCUUUUCCUCUGGAUUGUUUGCGUUGUUAAUGGGACGACAUGGGAUCCAUGUAUAUGUCAGAACACAUCCUUGACCGGAACUUACUGACCACUGCAUACAAGGAUUUCUGGUGCUCGGGGGACGAAACAGAAGGGGCGUGUGAUGGUCCCCUGCCUCCCGGGUCAAGCCGCGCUCGCAUAAGGAAGCUGACAGAUAGCGACAUUGUGUGUCUUUCUAACCUGAAGGAGACAGGCUAUACUGUGUCCCCGGAACUUACCAGGAACGAUAACAUGGUGACCUCAAGCAACUUUGCCAAACUCGACAAGACGACGCUGCAAGUCCUUGGUUGGUCUUCUGGCGCCCUAGACACCAACACAAAGGAAGAGAUGACGGGCGAGGAGGGCAAUGAGAAGGAUGACAAAGAAAAAGAGAACCUGUGCACACUGACCAAGUUGGAGUUCCGGAGACUGAGUGACCAGGUCCGAGACGUCAGCAUGAACCUCAAGAACAAGUUUCGAACAUCCGCUUAUCAGAAGCUGUACCACCAACAGCAGCAGAUCCAGAGCAUUCAGAACCAGUUAGCGCAACAGCAACAACAACAGCAGUACGCCGAAACAAACACCAAUAUCUACCGCAGCCAGCUGGCCGCCAGUCUAAGAGCGUUUAAGCCAAAAGACUGGACCCCUCUCAAGUCCUCGGACACCGAUACCUCGUUCUUCAGGUGUAAACCCGUCAGCUGCCAAGCACCGGACAGGGAAACUGAACGAAGACACCCAGUAGAGCUUGCAUUUAUCACCAGACCAAUAGUCUCCCGAGGCCCUUCCCCUUCGCGGCUAUGUCGGCCAAGGUCAGUCCCCAACGGUACAAGCCGGCCUCCUAGUGGUUUGAUCAGACGCUCAGACACGCCCACUGAUGUCCGUCCUGGAAACUUCGAUACCCUCACCCCGAACGUGUUGGCUAACCUCAUCAGUAGCAACUCCUACAAAACUGCCCCUAGAUACGGGGAUCCCGGUCCCUCCGGAGAGGAACCCUUAGAGGACAAGAACAGAAAGUCGACAUCACCUCCCAAGGAUGAUGAUGUUAGUACAAGUGGGAUAGACAGUACGCACUCCGCCGAGGAUAUCAGCAGUAGCAGUAGCAGCUCUGACGAGGACAGCGAUUACGAACCAAGUGUAGACCGUAACAGGGACGUUCCUGAUCUCAAUCUUAGACCAGAAAAACUGGAUUCCUUUGUGAUCCCAGAUUCCGCUAAAGGUUGGAGAAAAUUUGAUUUCGAUGUUGACGAAACAGAUAUUCCGCCAUAUGAGUUCGAGGAAGUGUUACCAGAAUCGUUCAGAGAUCUUGACUUCAGGCAGAUAGCAAGGCUCAAGUGGAGCUGGCGUGAUCAGACGAAAGAGCGACCAAAUGAUGGCGUUACAGAGGACAUCAUGGAUCGAAUGGUGGAGCUGGAGAGGCUUCAGAUGGAAACGGAGGACUGGGAACAGAAACGGUCCGUUCAACUACUCAAAAAACGACAACGUGUCGCCAGUGCUAAAGGAGGACAGAAGGACAAGCGUUGUUGCAAUAGGUGCUUACAGCCAGCUUGCACUGGUGACUGCCCCGAGAAAUUCGUGCAAUCGGAAAUAUGUGAUAUGUGUAGGCAACCGUUUUGUGUAGGGAAUUGUAAAGAUAAUAAAUAUGAACAACGCAUGCGUCAGAUUCGCAACGUCGACGAUGACAAACCUCCAUCUGGUCCGAAAACAUUAACGUCACGGUGCAAGUCGUGUCAGAGCAGGCAUAACGGCAAACUUAUAAACGCUAACAACCUCGUGUUAGGUCGCCCAAAGUCUGGGAACAUCACCUACUCUAGAGGGAUUGCCAGCUCCAAACCCAAAGAUAUGAGGCAUAUAGGGCCGGAUAUGGCCAUCAACUCCGAGGUCAUCAGGGACUUUGAAAAGCUUGGGAUGGACCCUUAUCAGUCAUGUCGACCCAGCACUGCUCGGGUACAAAGACCACGCAGUAGGAACGCUGCACAUCCGGGCAAAAGCUUCUCUUCACAAAGGCGCGACUCCUUAACUGACACAGAUAAGAACAUAGCAAAAUUAAAUCGAAAGAAAGCAAAGUCGAUAAGGCUGAGGAGGCCAAAAACGGCAGCAUAAUGUGAUUAUCUUCAAACAAUGCAAUUCUUUAACUCUAGACAAUAAAUUGGAGUAGAAAACAAAUCAGUACGAAGGGCGAGCGACUUAAGUGAUAUUCUUUCAUUUGUAUGCUAUACGUUUUCUUUGUUUUAAAAUCUUUUGGAUUCCACAUAUUAAAAUGGCGUUGAGAUGUUAGUUCAGCAAAAAUAAUAUUAAAUAAAAUAAACUCAUGUAUAAGAAUCCACCUGUAUCCUUUGUUAUAUUGAGAACAGCAUGUUCCCGAAAAGCACCGGUAUCAGUAUUGCAUGCAUACACAACUAUGUAAGCUUCAUCAAUGACUUUGUACAUGUGUUGUGGUGGACAUGGCUUAAAAGUAGAAUGAGGUGUUAUUAUUUCAAUACAGAAAAUAUUACCGAGUACGACUAGAUAGUUUAGUAAAGGGAAAUAACUCUUAUGUUUAUCAUGCCUUUGUGGCAAAGUAAAGGAAAAGAUUUCUAAUAAAAGCGGAUCUAGAAGCUCGUAAAAUAAUAAAUAUUAUACAAUCUUGAAGAUCAACUUACUCGUCUCGGAAAAGGCAAAUUGCGUAUUGAUAAAUAAAAGUUUGUUUUAUUUCAGACAACAGUAUUUCAGAAAAAGGAAAUCGAAUUAAGAAUAAUAAUAAAAAUGUCAUA